CGGGUAAAUUUUAUAACAAUUAUUAUCAAGAUAUCGACCUAAAUCAAGAAGUUUCGCGCCGAUAAGGUAUCAGUACCCUAGAUGAUCGUACCACUCUCACUAUCGCACAGUCCCAGUCCAAAACAUGAUGCUCCAGACGUCUGAUCGACGUGAUUUUGACCCCUGUUCCCUGAUAACGUCGCUGAUCGUUCGUCAAGACAUUGAUAGUACUACAGAUAGGCAUAGUAGCACCGGCCAGCGAGUAUGACGAAGUCCGCGUGCAUCCAGUCGAUUUCUGUUUGGAAUCAGGCCCAUAUCCACCUGUUUUCCUUCUUGUUCGGUUUCUGGGUACUGUCCAAGAGGCUGGUACGAUGGUUGUGGAGGCCGCAGGACUCUGCGGAGCUUAGGGCAAGAGAUACGCCGCCUGCGUGUCUGGUGGACUCGUCUUUGGGACAACAUAAGCACGUCAAAUUGAAGGGUGUCAAACUUCACUACGUUGAGGCAGGUUCCAAAGACAACCCUGUGGUACUUCUCCUGCACGGUUUCCCGGACUUUUGGCUCAGCUGGCGGUACCAAAUUCCAACCUUAUCCAGACACUUCCGCGUUAUAGCCCUGGACCUCAAAGGUUUCGGCGAUUCCGACAAACCAGCUUGGAGAAGCAGCUAUAAAAUCGACACAGUCCUGGAAGAAUUAACUCAGUUUGUUUACUCUUUGGGUGUGUCAAGUUGUACAGUGAUUGGACACGAUCUUGGAGCUUUGUUGGGGUGGUACUUAGUGCACCAAAACUCUUCUAUUGUGAAUAAGUUUGUUUCUGUGUCUUGCCCACAUCCUAACGUCUACUGGAAUGCUUCCAAGAGUGUCAAGUGGUUGAAUUACGUUCAAUUACCUUAUCUUCCUGAAAUAGAUGCUCUGAAAGAGGACGUGAAGAUUAUAGAUCAAUAUUUUAAGCAUCUGGGACCUAAAGAUGUUGAUGCGUAUAAGUACACGUUCUCGCGCCAGGACGAUUGGACUGGACCGUUGAACUACUACAGGAACUUGCCUCUGUCCAAGAUCAGCGAGCCAUUGAAACAAGUCCAAGUUCCUGUGGUGCUUGUGGUGGGAAGCAAGGACCCGUUUGUCCAUCUGGAAACCGUAGUAAAGUCCACAGAGUUCUGCGAAACCUUUCGACUUCAAAUUGUGGACGAUUGUGGCCAUUUUCCUCACCAGGAAAACCAGCAAGCUUUCAAUAGUCUUCUAGUUAAACAUUUGGUGGAUAGUAGGAGGUCUUCGGCGGUGGACGGGGGGAGUGUGACCUCCCCGUCGAAACGCCUGAUUAGUGGACUGUUUGGUGCCGUGUCCAACACGGUAAAGUACGGCAACACUGUGAUCGGGAAUGUGCAGAAAAAAACUAAUGAUGUGGUAAACAGCAUUCCCUCUUUUAAUCUCAACUAUAACAACUCAUCGUCUCAGAGCUGAUCAUGUGUGAUUGUUUUUUAUAGCUCUUAUUUAUUUAUAUACGUCUUUUUUAUUGUUAUUUGUUGUUUUAUAUGUUAGUAUAAACUAUAAUUUUAUUAUUUCUCGAGAAAUUGUUUUUAUUAUUGGUCACAUUGUCCUUUUCUUGUUAGAAGAUGUAAGUACGUAAAAAAAUGAAACUCUUAUUAUAAGUAAAAUAUAUAAAAAAAAAC